CCGUAGUAGAACUGAACACCACGCUAACCUCUGAGCAUGCAUCGGUGACCUCAAAAACUAGUCUACUUGAAGAGGUGGCCAUUGAAGUUCGAGAUUUAUUAGGUGACGAAGAUGUCACAGCUGAGCAGGUGGCAGAACAAAUUGAAGCAAUUUUAUUAAGCAGGAUUAAGGCAGGAGACAAGGCAGCCAAUUUUCAGUUAGGACUUCUGUAUUUCCACCAGAACCAGUUCAAGAAAGCUUUGAGGUGUUUCGAGCAUGCCAAAGAUUAUGAUUACCAGUCACUGUUUAUGUACGGAGUCAUGAAGUAUGAUGGUCUCGGCACUGAAGUGAAUAUGAAAGAAGGUAUGGAGUGUAUGUUUGCCAUAUGUGCCUCAGAGUCAAGACUGGCCAGUCACCUGAUUUCUGCUGCUCAAUACAAUCUUGGUCGUGCUUACUACCAAGGUUUUGGGGAAUAUCAGUCUGACAAAGAAGCAGAGAAGUGGUUCCUGCUGGCAGCCGAUGAUGGGAACCCUGCAGCAAGUGUUAAAGCUCAGAGUGUAUUAGGGAUGUUCUACUCCAGACAAGACAGUGAUUUCAAGGACCUGAAAAAGGCAUUUUUCUGGCACUCUGAGGCUUGUGGCAAUGGUAGUCUGGAAUCACAAGGUGCACUAGGAGUCAUCUAUGGGCUGGGCUUGGGUGUGAAAAAAGACAUGGAUGCAGCCCAUUUAUGUCUGAAAGAGGCAGCCAAUAGAGGUAAUGUGUAUGCAAUGGGCAACUUGGUCAUGCUGUACUACAAGUGCAAAUUGUUCACCAAGGCUUGUAGUCUUGGGUAUAAAGUCUCCAUCUUGAGAGAAGAAGAUGUACCACUGCUAGCAGCUAAAACAGACUGUCUUCCGUAUUACAUGAUUAAAGGCAUUGCAAUCGCUUGCUUUGUUUAUGCCCGAUGUCUGGCAUCUGGCCUCAGUAUCAAAGCUAAUAAAGACCUGGCUAAAGAGUUUUAUUCUAAGUGCUACAGAUUUGAUGAAGACGUCUGUGCUAUUCUCCAGCAUGCUGUCCAGCAAGGCUCUCUAUAA